AAAAGUCAUUACUCUUCAGCCUCUUCGAUCUCUUGUGGCAUAUUGAGUCACUAUAUCCAUCUCUCCAUGGCAUCAUAUUCAUUUAAGCUCACAGUAAUAUUCAUUCUAGCCACUGUCACGUGCUCGUCAUCAGCCGCCCAUGACCAGCUCAAAGAAACAACCAUUUCUCUCUAUUUCCAAGACUAUUCCGGCGGCCCUAACGCCACCGUCAUGCAGGUCAACCGCGGCGGCGUCUCCGACGACGGGGCCCUCAAAUUCUUCGAGUUCGGGUCCCUCUUCGUCACGGACGAUCCGAUAACGGAGGAAUUUGACAGCGGCUCCGCCGAGGUGGCCAGGGGCCAAGGCCUGUACGUAACGUCAGCGCUGGACGGCAAAAUAGCGCACGUGGUAAUAUCAGUUGUGUUUACCGGCGGCGAGUACUCCGGCAGCACUUUGCAAAUACAAGGCGCUAGUCCUCAGCUGGAGAAGGUGAGGGAGGUGUCGGUCGUCGGCGGCACCGGGAUAUUCCGGUUCGCCCGAGGAUACGCCACCUUCGAGACGGUCCACUUCAACUUCGAGAAUCACCUGGCUGUUAUUCAAUUUAACGCCACCGUUCAACACUAUUAGACCAAAUCCCAGUGUUUUAUUAGUUGACUUUAUAUAGUUCCUAUUAAAACUUUGAUUAUUGUAAUAUGUAAUGGACCGAUGUUAUUCAAUAAUGGAAAAAACUUAUGUAA